AUAUAUACAUUUCUACUCUGAUAUUUUUCUUUAUAUUGCUGUAGAUUUUGCAAGCGGAUUCAUUGGCUGUAUGUUGAAAUAGUGUAUUUAAAAUCAACUGGGAACCAUCAGUGGGUGACAUACAGACUCCACUCGGAUGUAUUUUUCAGUAACGCACUUCCAAAAUGGCUUCCAAACAUGAACCGGUGUAUCAAAUCUUCUCUUUCCAGGACUUUAAAUCCUCUCCCGACCCGAUUUAUGAACCCCCCUCCCAGAGUCUGGCCCCCACAGCGGCCCCCAUAGUGAUCGAUAACGGCUCCUUCCAGACCCGGGCCGGCUGGGCGCUGGAGGAGCGUGAGGCUCCGCGGCUUCUCUUCAAGUCGGUGGCCGCGCGAAGCAGGGGGGCCGCGCGCAGUGAGACCCAGAUCGGUAACGACAUCCCGAACCUGGAGCCGCUGCGGUGGCUGCUGAAGAGCCAGUUCGACCGAAACGUGGUGGUCAACUUCGAGAUCCAGGAGCUCAUGUUCGACCAUGUGUUCGCUCACCUGGGGAUCGGCUCUGAGGGCAGUGUGUCACAACCCAUCGUCGUGACAGAGGCGCCCUGCAACCCGCUGCACUGCCGGCAGAUGAUGUCAGAGCUGCUGUUUGAGUGUUACCACGUCCCGUACGUCUCCUAUGGAGUGGACAGUCUGUACAGUUUCUACCACAAUAACACCCAAAGGAGCGUCCAGCCGCCUCACACCGGCAUCGUUCUGUCCUCAGGAUACCACUGUUCACACAUCCUGCCGGUCAUUAAUGGAAGGUUUGAUGCGGUGAACUGUAAGCGUAUGAACGUGGCUGGGAGUCAGUCAGCGUCCUACCUGCAGCGCCUCCUCCAGCUGAAAUACCCUGGUCACCUCGCUGCUGUCACUCUGAGCCGCGUGGAGGAACUGCUGCAUGAACACAGUUACAUUGCUGAGGAUUAUCAAGAUGAGCUGGAGAAGUGGCGCAGCCCAGAGUUUUAUGAGCGGGAGGUUCACCGGAUGCAGCUCCCCUUCUCGGGGAAGGUGCCGGGCGGUUCUGUGAGCGUGGAGGAGCGGCACGAGAGACGAGCUCAGCAGCUCCGACGGCUCCAGGAGAUCAACGCUCGCCGGCGGGAGGAGAAGCUGCUGCAGGACCAGGAGAGGCUGGACAGACUGAUGGGCGUGCAGGAGCUGCUGGAAGACGGCCUGCUGGAUCACUUUCAUAAGAACCUGGUAGAACUCAACAUGGACUCUGCUGAAGAGCUGCAGUCCUACAUCAACAAACUGCAGCUGGCUGUGGAGCAGGGCCGACACAAACUGCUGCACAGCGACGGAGCAGAGGGCAAGACGGAGGUGUCUGAGCUGGAGCACCCCAUGGACGAGGGAGACGGGGUGGCGCUGAUGGACCCGGACUUCCCUGAGGACACGCUGCCAGAAAAACCUGCUCAUGUUCAGCCCGUGUUCAACAUGGCGGAGUACCACCAGCUGUUCGUAGGGACGGAGCGCCUGCGAUGUCCAGAGCUCCUCUUUCAGCCCUCGCCGACAGGAGAGGAGCAGAUGGGACUGAUGGAGGCGCUGCAGUAUGUCCUGGCCAGGUACACUCCAGAGCAGCAGGAGGCGCUGGUGAGCAAUGUGUUUCUGACAGGAGGGAACAUGCUGUACCCUGGGAUGAAGGAGAGAGUGGAGAGAGAGCUGCUGGCUAUGAGGCCCUUCCAGUCACAAUUCAAGGUAACCAUGGCGUCGCAACCGGCCCUGGACGCCUGGUACGGGGCGAGGGACUGGGCGUUGGAGCACCCAGCGGGGGGGGAGGGCUGGAUCAGCAGGCAGGAGUACGAGGAGAAGGGAGGCGAGUACCUCAGCGAGCACUGUGCCUCCAACCUCUUUAUUCCCAUGAAACUCGUCAAACCACUUCUUGCUCGCCCCGCCGAGCCCUCGGUUACCAUGCCGACAUCAACUGUCCCUUCUGCUGCUGUCACCACGGUUACGCCUGCCCUGACUCCAUCCUGUUCUGCUGUUGCUGCUGAUGUUUCUAUGGUUGCCUCCUAAACUGGGAUCUUUCCUUUACCACAACUAAAUGAUGUUCAAAGAAUUCCGAAAGUCAUUUUUGAUGAGGGGAAGUGUUUACCUUUUCAGGUGCACCCACUUUCAUUUGACUACUUUGUGACCUCUAAUCUUUCCCAGAAUGCCUUUCAACAACACCUAACAAGCAGGUUUGAACUUGAUGCAUACAAAGGUAAAAAAGAACACAGUCUUUUUUUUUUUGUGAAAGAUUAUCAGAAUAUAUGUGAUCCCGAACAUUAUUGUCAAUGCAAGUAUUAUCUCAAUACUUUGAGUACCAACAAAGUCACCAUUUCCAUCUUUUAACCUGUCUGUUCUCAAUACUCCUUUAUCUGCGUUUGGUCUCUGACUUUUGUAACCUCCUGACUGAGUUAGCUUUGUUUUGUUUUCAUAAUGCUUGGCUACAUCACAUUCAUAUUGAAUGGUCAUCAAAUUAAUGAUCUUAAAAAGGACAAUGGUUAUAUUUUGUAUAUGUAAAUAGAUUUUGUUUUUGUAUGUUUGUAAAAUAUAUUUUCACCAAUGCAAACAUC